AUGACUGUGCUGAAUUUUUGUUCCUCUUUCCCCAAAACAAGUUUUAUUCCACUGAAUACUGAGCAAAAACUAUGUUUGGGCUUUUUUUUUUUUCUUUUAUUCACCCCUGGAGUCAGUGAAUUUCUUUGUACGUCAUCAGAUCUAGAACUGUCAUAUACUUUUUGUGAUUCUACACCUCAUGAUUUCAUGUUUAAUGUCACACCUUGCAACAUCAUGAACAGAUCCACCUGGAAGGCUGUUCUUUCCUGGAUUCCAAGAAGUGACAUCACCUUUUUGAAGAUCGUCUUCAAAGUCUGGUACAACGGUGACAAAGCGUUACUCUGGAAAGAAGUCCUUUGCAGCGGAGCUGAUGACAAAUACUUAGUGUGCGGAGCACUGAAAGGAGAAACAAUUGCAACAGCAUUUGACAUUAAAGGUUCAAGAAUACCGUUUCCAAAGGGCAAUUAUAACAUUAUUUUACAAGGAUUCUCUGAUGAUUCUGAGAAAAAAAUGUUCAUGUGCUUGAAUUUCACCAUGACAGUAAAACAAGAUGCUUUCUGA